CACAGAAGAAGAAGAAACAGAAGUCUUGAAUCUGACGUUUUGUUUCCAGACGAACAUAUUCAGCUGUUACUCAACCAAGGAAACGUGUGUUUAUAUUUUCCAAGAUAUUUGAUUUUAUUCGUUAUGAAUCCGUGUGUACUAGUAAACCGAUACUGAGGAACAUUUACAGAACAUACGUAAUGCAAUUGCGUCCAUUUGAGUGAUAUUUGUGUGUGAUUUUUCAGGAAGUAAUUUUUAGUACAUUCUUGGGCUAGCGAACUAGUCACAAUGACGAUCAAACGACAAAAGAAAGCCAAGAAAAACAUCAAUUUCUACAAACAUAACUUCAGUUUUAGAGAGCCCUUUCAAAUUCUCAUCGACGGGACGUUUUGCCAAGCGGCUCUGAAGAAUAAGAUUCAAAUCAAAGAGCAGAUGCCGAAAUACCUCAUGGGGGAGGUGCAACUUUGUACUACAAAUUGUGCAUUGAAGGAACUCGAAUCACUGAAAGACCUCUAUGGUGCCAAACUCAUCCUGCAGCGGUAUCAGGUUAGGAACUGCAAGCAUUUCAAGAACCCCGUCUCUGCGUCAGAGUGUCUGCUCUCCAUGCUGGAAGGGAGCAAUCCACACCACUACUUUGUUGCCACACAGGACCAAGAGCUGACCGCAGGCCUGAAGAAGAUCCCAGGCGUGCCUCUUAUGUAUAUCAUCGUCAACACCAUAGUGUUGGACAAGCCCAGCCAAUGCUCGGUUAGCCAUGUGGAGGCUGUGGCUCUGGGAGAGAUGGUCACCCCAGCCCAGCAGCAGAGCAUCAACAGCCUGAAGGAGGUGCAGGGGAUCGGGCAGGAUGGAGAGCGCCGGGGCAAGAAGCGUAAGAGGAAAAUCUCCAAUCCCAACCCGCUCAGCUGCCUAAAGAAGAAGAAAAAACAGCCACCGACGCAGCCUCUUAAGACUGAGAAAAAGAAACGGAACCGUCAAAGGAAACGCAGCAAGCCAGAGGGAGGCGAGGGUCCAUCCCUCAAACCGCUCCCAAACCCUUAGUGUGGUGGGAAGAAGGCCCCCAAAAGUUUAAAUUUGAACAGCUGAAUAUAAAUGUAUAACUCUUUUUAGAUAAAUUACUGUUUAUAUCUUUACUAAACACAUUUGCCAGA